AUGUCAAUUAAUAUGUUCUAUUUCUUUGUCAUGAUGCUAUGUACAAAAACAUUAUCAAAUGCAUUGGUUAUGUCUGAAAAUAAAGAAAAUAAUUUGGUUGAAUACAAUGUGACAGAAAAUCAAACAAAUCUAUGUGAAAAUCAUAUGACAUUUGAUGAAAUGAAAAAAUUUUUAAAAGAACAUUCAUGUCUUUUUAUGGAAAUUGAAUGUAAUAGUAUUGGUCGAAGAUAUAAGCGUUGGGGUGAAAGUACAAAUAAUAAAAUAAAUGCAAUACAUGCUACAAUACAUGAACAGCGGAAUAUGAUAAAUUUUUUAUUUAAUAAUUCAAUCAGUACUACUAUUUUAACAAAUACUAUAUCGGAUCAUCAUUCAAAAAAAGGUCCACAACUUACAAGUAGGCGUGAUAUUAUUGAUUUAAUUUUAGUCGCUUUAGUUGUUUUAUAUAUAAUUUAUUUAAUAAUAUUUCGAGCUGGAUGUAGCCCGUUGUCAUUCCCAACAGCUAAUUAUUUAAACCGCUUUUCAUGUAUCAUUCACAAUGAUAUAAAUAUAAUAAAUAAAAAUACAGUUCGCACAUUAAUUCACCGUUUGAUCCAACUUGCAGAAAAUACAACAUCAUUCAUUAUAAAUACAAAACACACAAGCUACAGCAACAAUUACAGCAACAACAAUAACAAGUCAAAUGUAAUUGAAAUUGAAUUUUUAGGUGGUAUGUCAUCUACAAUCGUAUUAAUUCAACUCGAUAAUUUACCAGCAGAUAAACAAAGUAUUCAAUUUUGGCUCAUCAAAUCAAUAAUGAAAUUCAUAUUUUACGAACAAAAAUAUGUAUAUUUUUUAAAUAAUUGUUAUAAUAAUCUAAUACAAAUUGCACAUUUUGGUCUUUUUAAUGAAAAUAGUUUAAAUCAUCCCUAUAUUAUUCAUAUACCUAAAAAAUAA